UGUGUUUUGCGGUAUUGAUUAUGAUACUGUUUAAAUUCGCUAAUUAAUGAAGUAUAAAUUGGCAAAUACAAUUUGGAGGACACAUUUAAAAUUGCAGCAUGGACUGUCGUGGACUGUCGUUGGUAUUUGCCACUCUGGUGCUUCAAACAGUAUGGAGACCUGCUUCCUCUUUGCUGGGCCCGCGGACAACGGUCACCAAGUUCAUCAACCUAAGCAAAGUUAACAAAAAUGAAUAUUGUCACACCUGUAUCAAAAUCGACAACGUCUGCUACAACCAGAGCGAGUUGUUCGACCUCCCCGCCCCCUUCGGCGAAGACCCCGUCGUCAAGAGAAUGAGGAUCAUGAAGGCCACUAACGUUCUCUACUACACCUUCGUGCCUGCGUUCAGUGAUAAAGAAUACUCCAAAGUUGGCUACGUAUCGCUCCACGCUACGGAUUACUCUGGAAUAAUUUCUGGCUGGAACUAUACUUUCAACUUUGGCCCCUUUGAUAUUAAUCAGAAUAAGAAAUCAGUAUAUCUAGGCGGUUCUGACGGUAUAUGGUAUAUUAAUAGUGUUAGCCGUUUACCAGCAUUUUAUAGUAUGUCGUCGGAAAGAAUCACUAACAUUUUUGUAAAGGACUAUGUAUAUUUUACUGCUGCUGAACGUACAGGAAUAUAUCAUUACUUGCCCAAGUUCGGGUAUUAUCUCACUAAUUUAAGUGGUAAAAAGAUAGAUAAUUUUGUUCUGGAUAAUAUGUACAAUAUUGUGUAUUUAAUUGAUACUGGAUUAUUUAUUUCAUUCUCUGAUAAGUCGCAUGAUGAUGUCAGACUGUCAUUAGACCGAUUCUUCAGAGGCCUGACUGUUGAUGGUAAAGGAGUAGCGUACGCCUGGCAUAUAGAUGGGAUAUAUAAAGUAUAUUUAAGUGAAGAUCUUUCCCAGUCUACGUUAAAACGCGUCUCAAACAUAGCUCCCGACGCUAUGACGUUUGAUCAGUCGAACAACAUUUUAUACUCGAUCGGAAAAACUUUGUACAAGUUGACUAAAGUUGAUACUGCCGAUUGUUUUGGUAUGUAAUGGCAAAACCUACUUGAAAAUAAGAAACAAAAUUACUAACCUAACCUACACCUACGUAAUUUAAACUGUUUACUAUACUAUAUCUGAGUAUCUAAUUUUAGUACUAAUUUAAGGAAUUUUUUACGAGAUUUUAAUAGCAAGACAGAUUCUGCUUGACUGUAACUGUUUUAUGUAUAUAAAUAAAUGAAUCUUGUUCUCUCUUUCCUUGAAAAAAUCAAUUUAUUCAUAAUUUCGUCACCUUCCUUGCAUACCUAUUAAUUUACAUAUUUUUAUUUGACUAAGUAACGCGGGACAUUGAUUGGCACAGUUAGUCAGUGGCUGAAGUUGACUUUGUAUUGUGUAGCAAUAAUUCCAAUUAAGUAUUACAAACUCACCUAGUAAAUGC